GUUAGCCACGACAAGGCCUUCCAGCUGACCAAAAUUUACGUCGGCAACUUGAGUGAUUUGAUCGGAUGGUCAGAGAACGGACAGCCCUGAUUUGAGGAAACUGCUAGCGCGCUCAAAAAGGAUGGAUUUUGUCAGACGUCUUGGCAAUAGAUGAACACACACACACGCAGACUGUGUGAUCCUUUGUCGCACCUGCAACAUGAACCAGAGUUACCAGAGCUACCCCUUCCCUGAGGUGUUCCUCGUGGACCGAGGCGAACGUUUACAGCACUCUGACCAGCCUCCGGGUCUUAUUCCCUGCUGGUCAUCCGUGCCCGCCCAGGAGAGGGUCAGGAGGCAACAGAAGAGUCAAGGCUUCAUGGGAGUGAACUGCUGCCUGGCCAUGAUUGUGCUGAUGCUGUUCCUGCUUGUGUUUGCAGCACUGGGCAUUGGAGCCUAUCAACUUCACAACAUGCAAAUAGAACUUGGAGGAAUGAGAGAGGGUCAACCCGAGGCACCUCAGAAACAAGUUGGUGUUUAUGAACCUACGUUGCAUGAAGAGGACAGAACAAGAUCAGCAGCUCAUGUGAUAGGGCGAAUUGAAAAAAGAGUGUUUCAUGAGACUCUGAGAUGGGAGUCCAAAGUCGGUCAGGCGUUCACAUCAGGAGAUGUAACCUACCGCCUCCAAGAUGGAGGCCUGCAGGUCAAUGAAAGCGGGAUUUAUCACAUUUACUCCCGAGUGGAGCUUAUCUUCAAGAGCUGCUCUUCAACGUCCUCCUUCACUCACUCGAUAUUUGUGAGGAGAAGAGAUCACUCCAUCCCUCUGACUCUGAUGGACGCCCACAGAACUGUGCCGUGCCCUCGUCAGGUGCCGCACUCCUGGACGUCCAAUAGUUACCUCGCCUCAUCUGUGCAGCUGCAGAAAUACGACCGGGUGUAUGUAAAUGUUUCGCAGCCCGCUUAUUUAAGUCACGAAAAUUAUGCCAACUUCUUUGGUCUUUACAAGAUAUGAAGUCGGCGUGUGUUGUGGUCGCUAGUCUUUACACUCAGAACCGCAAUGAAACGCACUCACCUUUCUUUGAUCAAUAUUGAAUGUUAUACAUGUGACACAAAGGAGGGCUGUGAAAUUGUUUUUUUUAAUUGAUGCAGUCGUGUAUAUAGACAUGUGUUUUUGUUUUCCUACAUCACAUGUCAAACUCAAGACCCGGGGGCCAAAUGUGGCCCACCAAGUCAUGUUUUACGGCCGACAGGAGCUCCAUGCAGAAGAGUUUCUUUUUUUUUUUAUCACACAGCAAUGAACAAUAUUUGUAACCUUAAUAAAUAAUAAUCAAUUGCAAAAACAUGAUGAAUUAUGAAUACAUUAUGGAGUAGUUACAUCUAUACAGUCUUACAGUUACAACCGGCCCUGUAUUGAUGAUGUGGCCCCCCGGUGAAAAUGAGUUUGACACCCCUGCCUUUUAUGUCGAUGGUCAGUUAACACUAAAUAGCUAAUUUUUGAGUAGCAUUUUCAAAAUAUUUAUCUGGUGUAGGUCUGACGUUUCUGAUGUUUAAAUAUGAUCUAAAUAUAUCCUUUUGUGAAAUGAAUAAAAUUGUCAUUUUAGUUAUUUUCUCAGUGAAAACAUAGCAUGAGCUAAAUAUAAAAUAUAUUCAGUUUAUCGGUAAAAUGCAUCUUAAACCAAAACAUACAUAAAAUGUGUUGGGUUUUUUUUGUUUUUUUUGUUUUUUGACAUUUUUUAGCUUCAGUUGAAUCUUAUAGGCUGUUAAAAAUUGCAACAGAACUUCUCAUAUCUACUCCUCAUCCGAUCGUUGCACUGAUCUUUUUCUGCACACACAAUACCACACGAGACACUGAAGUGCACGAAGAUGCAAAGGCUACGCACAAACGGGGGUCGAAUGGUAACAGCUUUGAUGCGCGUUUCCUUCCUGUGAAAAUAAUAGCAGGGGCUUGUGUCGCAUUGUGAGUCUUUUCUAACAGAAUGUUUCACUUUCUUUUCUGCUCACAAAAUAUCUUUGAACACGGUUCCAAAAUCACAACCACCUCACAACCAGGUUGGCAUCAAGUCAUCGAAGGUGUUUGAUGUUUUAAUGGAUGAUUCGAGUUAAGCUAGCCAAAUGUCUGAGUUAGAAGACGAAGUUGUGUUUCAAUUCACACAAACCGCAAAUUACCCACAUGUUCUCAGUGGUUGAUGAUCAGUGGAAACAAGAGUAGACACAAAGUGUUUGAUUUGGCCAGGUUCUGAGUAAUUCUGUUGAUUAGCAAAAUAAACAGAAUCAUGAC